AGUACACACUGCCCUGCUGCUACUGCAGCCCCUUCUUCCGACAUCAUUUUUGCCUCACUUUACACACAGUCCUGUAGGCAGCCCCCCUCUGUCUCUCUGACGCGCAAUAGGGGGUUUCGUUACUUUCCCACUGAAUAUAUAUCCCCCCACCCUGGGGCCCCGCAAACACUGCAGCCCGGAGCUAUUGUUCUCACUCGCACCCCCUAAAAAGAGAAGUCGUGGCCUCCUUGUGUUUGUAUCAUGCCGCCACCAUUGUCCAGCGGCAGCAGCAGCAGCGACAUGCGGCACAGCCGCCACAGACGCACGGCUGGAUAUUACGGAACUCGAAUGUAAUCCCGCUCGCCCAGAGCCCCAUAGGAACUGCACGGAAAUAAAUAAAUAAAGGUGGGAGGAGGUGGAGAAUGGAAACAGGGCGGAGGGACUGGGGUCCGAGGAAUUAGAAAGCGAUUCGCUGCAGACUGUAAAGUUUCCCCAGUCACAUCUCUCGCUGUCCCCAUGGUAGUUGUUGUGCGUGUGUGUGUGUGUGUGGGUACGAGUGUGUGGCCCUCACUCUCUGCUCUGUGACUGCCUCCAGCCCAGUCUGAGCUACAUGAUCAGAGAGCGCACAGCUUUCCUCUCUGCUGCCCGGGCUACUGACAGUCCUGCACUCACUGCCAUCAAUGGCACAGCGAGCAGCUCUGCGUCAGAAUAGCGCCCGUCACGCCGCCUGACUGACACCUCCGCUAACCAUGGAUUAACCCCGGACAAACCAGAGAGGAGAGGCUGCCGCCGGGUGCGAACAGCUGAGGAAACAAGCCGGGCUGCUGCUGCUGCUGGAGUUGGCCAAGUGACCCGCCGGUGCUGCUCAGUGGGUUGCACCGCGGCGCAGUUCUGCUGGAAGUGCAGUUCGGGAAGAGCGAACAUGACUAGAGUAGCGCCGGGCACGGAUAUGGCAAAGUACAGCAAGGAGGUCGUGCUUGGUGGUUGGACUCAGGGAGAGCAGCGCCUGUACUCUGCCCACAGAAGGAUGGAGCCCGCAAGGCAAUGGAGGGGCAAAACUCGCAGGAAAAGGAAGGAGCUAUUUUUUGGGCAAUUGUGUUUUAUGGGCUGCCUCCUGCUCAUUGGCUCGUCUUUUUCCCAGUGGACCGAGGCAUCUGGUUAUAAAAGCAUUGACUAUUUUGACAAUGACCUAAACAAUGCAGUAGAAGCCAGUGACAAGUGGAGUGGACGUGGGAUACUCUGGUCUAGUGAUGAAAAUGUGACUGAAAGCCAAAGAGAGACCAAACAUCGCAAGAAUUGCACAGAACCAGCUCUUCAUGAAUUUCCAGAUGACAUAUUCUCAAAUGAGGACAGGAGACAUGGGGCAGUCAUCCUACACGUGUUAUUUGCAAUGUACAUGUUUUACGCACUUGCUAUUGUGUGUGAUGACUUCUUCGUCCCAUCCUUGGAAAAGAUCAGUGAAAGGUUGCAGCUAAGUGAAGAUGUGGCAGGAGCUACUUUCAUGGCUGCUGGCAGUUCUGCCCCAGAGCUUUUUACAUCUGUAAUAGGGGUAUUUAUCACAAAGGGAGACGUGGGUGUUGGAACUAUUGUUGGCUCAGCAGUUUUCAAUAUCCUCUGUAUAAUUGGAGUCUGUGGGCUGUUUGCAGGACAGGUUGUUGUGCUCUCAGCCUGGUGUUUAUUGAGGGACGCCACUUACUAUACUCUGUCUGUCAUUGCUCUUAUUGUGUUCAUUUAUGAUGAGAAGGUUUCCUGGUGGGAAUCCCUGAUCCUUGUCAUGAUGUACGCUGUUUACAUUCUUAUAAUGAAGUACAAUUCAUCUAUACACCAGUUCUUUGAAAGAAGGAAAAAAAGUGCAGCCAACUUAGCAAAUGGUCUGACUGCUAAUUCAGAAUUAGAUGACAGUGUCCACUGUGAAGCAACUAUGGUGCUCCUUAACAAAGGAAAUUGUAAUCGCAAAACUUCAGUCAUAAUGGUGGACGAGUUGCUUUCUGCGUACCCUCACCAGCUUUCCUUCUCUGAGGCCGGACUGAGGAUCAUGAUAACAAGCCACUUCCCCCCCAAAACCAGACUCUCUAUGGCCAGUCGCAUGCUCAUAAACGAGAGGCAGAGAUUAAUAAACAGCCGCGCAUAUGUAAAUGGGGAAUCAGAGGUGUCUAUCAAGAUCCCAAUCAAACAUGCAGUGGAGAACGGAACGGGGCCUGGGAACUCUACUGAGAGAAAUGGGAACAGCAACCGAAGAGACGAUGUGGCAGAGGCUGGCAAUGAGACUGAGAAUGAGAACGAAGACAAUGAAAAUAACGAGAACGAUGAAGAGGAGGAAGAAGAGGAAGAUGAUAAUGACGGACCUUUCACCCCAUUUGAAGUCCCAUCUGGGAAUGCAGACAAGGUGAAAUGGAUGGUGACAUGGCCCUUGUGCUUACUUUUGUACUUCACUGUACCCAACUGCGCAAAACCGCGUUGGGAGAAAUGGUUUAUGGUGACUUUUGUCUCAUCUUCUAUGUGGAUCGCAGCCCUUUCUUAUGUGAUGGUGUGGAUGGUCACUAUCAUUGGGUUUACUUUGGGAAUUCCAGAUGUGAUUAUGGGAAUUACAUUCCUAGCUGCUGGCACGAGUGUACCUGACUGUAUGGCAAGCUUGAUUGUAGCAAGACAAGGAAUGGGAGAUAUGGCUGUUUCCAAUUCCAUUGGAAGUAAUGUGUUUGACAUCCUGAUAGGACUGGGCCUUCCCUGGGCAUUACAGACUCUAGCAGUGGACUAUGGCUCAUAUAUCCAGCUAAACAGCAGAGGACUCAUAUAUUCGGUUGCUCUUCUGCUGGCAUCAUUGUUUGUUACGGUGUGUGGCGUUCGCUUUAACAAGUGGAGGCUGGAUAAGAAGCUGGGGGUGGCGUGCCUGCUGCUGUAUGGCGUCUUCCUGUGUCUCUCCAUUCUGACAGAGUUCAAUGUCUUCACCUUUGUGAAUCUGCCCAUGUGUCGGGGGAACUGAUGAAGAACGGAUCCGGACCUCACUCACCUUUACUGUGCAAUACAAAGACCCCACACCCAUCAUAACGCAUGGUGUGCCCUGAGUUUGUGAAAUAUGUUUUUGUCAUUGUUCUUGGGGAACUCUUGCUUCCUCGUUUUCUCCUUUAACUUUUUUGGGGUGAAUCAACCUGACUUUACCCUCUACACUCUUUUUGUGGCUCUUAAAUCUUAAUUCUUAUCUUUUUGAUCUUUUAGACAGUGACCAGGGUACUAGAUGAAACGGCUGCUAACUGGCCCUGAGCCAGCCUAAACCAUAUCUGCUACAGAUCAUUUUUUUUAAUAACUUUUAAGUUAUUUGGUGGACAUCUAAUCUAAUUUAUGACUUUAGAUUGUUUAGACAAUUACAGAUGAAAUGGAAGGAUUCAUUACAAGGGUAUUGAAGGAUCAAGCUCUCAAACCCUCUGUUGUUGAGCACGUUGGAACAACCCUCUUAGGAGCAUUCCAUUGGUUGAGAACCCCAACCAGAAAGGCUGCAAGUGCAUGGUGUCAUGAGAAUGUCUCUGAGGUCAAACGCGUUGGUCCUGUAUCAAGAGAGACUAUGAAUAGAAGGUUUUAUAUAAUGAACAACUUAGUCUCCUUAUGAAGAAAAGAAAAAAACUGUAGCUCAUUGCAGGCAGUAACGAGCUGCUUUACUUUUUGAGGCAUCUAACGACUUUGUUAAACCAAAUCGGUAUUUUAUUGAAAACCGUUCCAAAACGGGAGCUUGUAUUAUUGUAGCGAACCGGGGUGCCAUGUUCAUUGUGUACCGGGCACUGCAAGAUCCCCAGCGGGUUCACAGGUUCCAAUGUGACCGUGUCAGCUCCUUGUGUUUGUCCAAGCUCACAGUCUGCGUGGUACAGUAUUUUUAUGGACAUGGUUUCAUAGCCGCCACUGCUCCUAUGGAAACCUGUCGUUUUAUUUGUUAAUACAGUAAUGGACACUGGGUUCAAGAAAAGAAGCAUAUUUUGCACAAAUGCUUUUCGAUGACGAUACAACACACCACUUUUUGUUUUAUUUUUGAGUGUACACUGGAUUUGGCUACAGUUCUUUACAUUUUUUAAUGGCAAAUGUAUUUAUAAGGGAGAUCACAUACCAAGGAAGGGUUGAAUUCUCCUAAUCACUCCCAUUUUCCACAAUAAUUGUGUUCAGUCAGCUUGUAUAGCCAACUUGCCACUGUCCAUUAAAUGCUAAACUGCAGAUGUAGGGUGCACUGUCUCUCAUUGUAUUCCCUGCAGAAGGAUAUUGCGGGUUACCCCAGCAGCACCAAUAAGCUAACGACUACCCAGUGUGUCACUGAGCGCCAUAUCUGCAAGCUCUGUCUCUGCAGAGAGCUGGCAUUCUGUAUCCGCUGAGAAGUCCAAGUUAAACCAACACUUAAAUGAUUAGGCAUGCACAGGACGGAAGUCAAAACGGCAAUACUAGCAGUCUAAUGUAAUGACAGUCAUGAAAGCUAUCAGAAUAUUCAGGGAUUUCAUGGAAGAUAACUGCACUGCGAUGUUUAUUUUUGUAAGCAAAAAAAAUAUUAUAUAUAGAUAUAUAUAUAAACUAGCAUUUCCAUUGUGGUACAGUGUCUUACAUAAAUACUAUUACAAUUACAACAGAAAUAUGCUUUAUUGAUAAUUGAAACAAUGUUUUUUUGUAUAAAGCACAGGUUUGUUUAGGGGUUAAUAUCUGUAUUUCUUCUUCCAAUAUAAAGGGGAUACUGCAUAUGGCAAAACAGGUGUCAAUGCGCAUUUUAGGACCCUUGCAACCCACCCGCAUUGAAGAGAGGGGACAGAGAAAGCCAGAUGAACUCACAUUGAACCAUGUAAACAAUUCAGCAACAUUAGGGGAAUGUAAUAAAAAUCGGUAACAGGAAAAGAGGGUAUUUUUGCACCAUGAAAAUGACCCCCACCUUCAAGUCUUAAAACUGUGCUAAGGGCAUUUACCAUUGGUAAAGUGUAAAUCUGGAUAAAGAAGUCUGGAUUUACUUUGGGUAUAAACCUAACAAAGCUUCACGAGUUUCAGUGCCCUUUGACCUUUGUUAUAGGCUGGCUGUUUGUGAGCGAGUCAAUGAAGGACAUUAAUAAGCGCAAUGAUUGUAUCCAUUUUGUUGAGUCUUUUAAUCUUUAAUGACAGCCAGCUUUGCUGCUGAGGAAAGGAGCCGUAGCAUAACUGUAACACCAGGCCCAGACUGGCAAUCUGUGGGUUCUGGCAAAUGCCAGAGGGGCUGCUGUAAGAUGGCGCAGACACUAUUUAUUUGGGCCUAUGUGUACAAUGCCAGCGCCUGUUUUGUAUCCCAGUCUGGGCCUGUUUAUUUCUGCUGGCAUGGGUACAGAAUUUAACUACAUUUUAGCUUUACUGGUAUAAGUAGGCAUUCCUGGGCAGAACUUUCCUGGGGCAACCUGUUUUGCAGACAUAUAAUCAAUCUGUACAUCUGCCAAGACCCCAUUGGUCCCUUUUCUUUGCCUGAUUUGCAUAGAUAUUAACUGUUGGUGUUACUAUGUAUAUGCUAAAGCUCUGAUUGGCUAAUUUAUUGUAUCUGACCCCUUCCAUUUUAAUGAUUCAGUACCAAAUGAAAACUUCCAUUUACACAGGGUUAUUCUCCUUCCGUCCUGCAAAUGACAUAUUUUUUUAAAUCAACAGAUGAAUUUUUCUAUGAGAAAAUUCUGUAAGUUUUGUAAAGAACCAUAAUUGCUAACCAGGCCAUGUUUAUCCCCAGAUUGUAUUCUAUACACAUACCUGCUAUCUGCUAUGCAAAUAUACAGCCCUGCUGGAAGCUGAAUGGCAGCCGCCUGUCUCUAGAACCUACAACUGAGAUUGUGAUACACAUUAUACCAGGGCUGGGUAACAGCACAUUAUAUUUAGAUGCCUAUAAAACCCAAUCCUUUUUUGUUGUGACUGACCCAUUAACCCAUAAAUGCCUGUUGGCACAGCUGCUCUGGGAAUAGCAUGUUGCUAAGCAACACACAUUUCCCAUUAAUUUAAAUAUAAUGCAGAAAUUAACACUUUAAGUUAACUUCUUAGGAAGUUAUUAGAGAUGGAUACAGAAUGCAGGGAGAUGGUAUGUCUAUAGGUGCUCUCAGCCCCACCUGAAUAUUCUAUGAAAUGCACUUAGUAAAUAAACGAAAAGUCUAUUAGCAUGUAUGUAAAGGGGUAGUUUACCUUUAAAAGAACUUUUAGUGUGAUAAUCUGAGGCAGUUAGAAAUUGGUCUUCAUGUUUUAUGCUUGAUGGCUGUUCACUGAUUUAGAUAUUUUGUUUAGCAGCUUUUUAAUUUCAGCAGCUGACUGGUUGCUAGGUUAAAUACCCUAGCAGCCAUGCAGUAGCUUGAAUAGUAGAGGGUCUAUAUAGUUUUUUGGCAGCUGGGGGCAGUGACCCCAUUUGAAAGCCAGAAAGAGGCAGGAGGCAAAGAAUGAAGAAUGAUUGAAAAAUGCUAAGAAUAAGCUAUUCAAUAACAUAACAAUUACAUUAAAACUGUACUACCCUUUUAAAGGCAUUGUGCUGAUAUUCUGUUGCUAUACAGACACUGAGGAUAAAUAUAUACUAAUGGAACAAAUAAGAUGACUGUUGCUAGACUGCUGCUGAGCAUUGCCCCCUGUUCCUAUGUUACUGCUGACUGAAAGCCAUUGUCAUAAUGAGAAGUGCUAAUUGGCCAAGUAAGCUUCCCUGAAACUGGCCAACACGUGGCUUGGAAAUAUUCAAGUUUCACUGCAGAAUUGUCAUAGAGAAAGGUUUAAAAGCUUCCCAGCAAAUGAAUGAUGGAGAAUCCAGCAACAAACAGAUGGGCCAGAGCAUUUUGCUUACAUAGUGUUUGAUUGUUUAAAGGGGAACUAUCAUGAAAAUGUAAUAUAAGCUUUAUGGAAACAUUUUAUCAUCAUUUCUGGUGUUCAGUGUGCAAGUGAUGUGUCUGCCCUAUUCUUUCGGCACAACUGAGGGAACCCUGGAGAUACCGCCUGGUCUGGAGGUGGUGGUGGCUCCAGGGUUCCCCUGUGUGAGUAGGUGCAACUCUGAAGGCAGGAAGGACUGAGCAGCACUAUAUGGAAGUGCAAGAAGCGCAUUUAAUGGAAGUGGUUUUAGACAUCACUGACUGCGGGGAAAUUGCAGGGACCGCAACCACACUUGCAAAUGUGCAUGAACCUUAAUAUGUUUGACCUGUUAUCAAAAUGCAAGUUCCAGUUCUUGCAUGAAGGGGAGAUACUGAAGUAACUUGAUUUAUUUCAGAACUUUAAUUGUUAGUAUUAAGUUCCCUAUUUCAAUGAGAUGACGCUCAUAUUAAACUGUAGUGAAUAGGACGACUGCUAUAUUCAGUUUCUGGUGAGAUCAGUUCCACCCUUAGGCCCCAAAACUAUUGCUGGCCAACACCUUUGUGCAUUUCCAAACAGCUUGGAUAUCCCUAAGCUCAGUGUGUUACAGUUUAACACUGACAUUGUUAUAUUAGGGACCUAAGUAUCAGAGCUGCAAGCGUUUAUGUACCUCUCUCAGCAGGGAGAAUCUUGUUUUCCUUUUGUAAUGACAGGUUAUAUUAGGCCUAUUAUAUGAGUUACAAUGCACAGUUGAAAGGGCAGAUUUAUAUCAGUUAGGUCUAAUUUCCCCUUACUGAAUCUUUUUCCUCUAAUUGAAUCACAUAGUUCUGCAUUCUGCUCAAUUAUGACAAUGAGUUUUCACAGCAAGAUAUUUGCCACUUUUGUUUAAGGUGUAUGGCAAUGGCGUGAAGCCUGGUUUUACAGCAGUUACUGCAUAUCUCUCUCUCUCUCUCUCUCUCUCUCUCUCUCUAUAUAUAUAUAUAUAUAAACUGCAAAGACUUGUGCAUUACCUACACUCACCCCUCCAGUAUAUAUAUAAAUCCCAGCAGGAAAUGGCAAAAGGCCAUAGUGAUACAUGUGGCCAUAUUCUGCCUAAUAUAUAGUGUUAUACAGCCCAAUAAUAAGUGAGGUUCCCCAAUAGAGACAUGGGGGGAUGCCCAUGCCCCAGACCUACAGUUGGAGGAGGCCGAUCAUACCCAAGAUUUCAGCAGGUACCCACAUUUACAUGUACAGGCAUAUAAGUAGAAAUAAGCUAUGAUUGUGCGUCUGUGCACAAAACGCACAAAACCCUUAAGUCUGUCCGUGGAUCUGUGAGUGAGUGCUGCAAUCCUUGCUACAUAUUCUGGCUGAUCUGCAGCUUAUCUGACUGACUGGCCUGCAGGGCAACCUGCCUGAUGUGUGAUUUGGCCAAAAAAAGCAAAUCUGAAUGGAAGUGAGAUGGGCCUAUGGCUCCACAUGCUGAGGUUGGGCAUCAGCAAACUACAUGAUCACUUUGAAUAGACCAACUGCUGGGGUGAUAAAACCUACCCUGAGGGGUAUAUUUAUCAUGCUGUGUAAAAAGUGAAGUGAAACAUUACCAUUGAUGUUGCUCAAAGCAGCCAGUCAGAUGCUUUGUUUUGGUUUUCUAACUGUUGAAAUCUAAUUGCUGAUUGGUUGCUCUGGGCAACAUCACCGGUAAUGCUUCACUCCACUUUUUACACCACAUGAUAAAUAUACCCCUAAGUGAUGCCAGGAAUGCCCAUCAACAAAACAUUACCCUAUUAUAACGGCAGUUUAGGUUGGGAUGUACCAAGUUGCAUUUAUGCCACCUUUCUGUGAGGCCUUCAUGAAGACUAGAGCCACUUACAUCUCUAAAACAGCCACAAACAUAUGGAGGUCAGGCGCUUAAAUAUCAGCGCAGAUCCUCUUCGAUAAAUGAACCCGUCAAGUUCUCAGCCCUGUCUUCCAGUAUAUGCUUAUCCACUUUAUACUGAGGUAGAGUAUCCUUUAUGUUAUGUGACUAAUGUCACAACUAAGAAAAUAUUGUUAGAAGUGUGCAGGUCUGACAUUGAGAUUGUAAUAUAGAGUGUAUAAAGUACCCCCUAUUGUAAAAUAUAAGAAUAUUAUACUUGGGAGUUCCCUGACUAUAUACAGAUACAAGGCUGAAGGCCAAGUGCUUUUAUACAGAUCAUGGAAAUCCAAAGUGACUUCUAAUAUCCUCAUAUUUUACAACAAGGGUAACUUUAUUAUAAUACAAAACUUUCAGUGAGUCAUGUGACCAAAAUGACAUCACUAAGCACCAUUUAUAAGGAUAUCAUUUACAGGAUAUUCAUGGCUCUUGUGUAUUAGAACAACAUUAUCCAUAGGACAUUAGGAAAGUAUAGAACUAGGAGGGUUAGAGAGAGCUUUGAUAUAAUUAAAGGAUUCAAGACGACCAUGUAAAUAAUGAAGCCAUUGUUGAAAUGUUUGCCUAUUUCUUUACUUUUUUCAAUGUAUAUAUGAUUGAACGCUUUUUAUUUGUUCAUUUUUAUACACAAAAUAUAUAAAGGUGAAGUUACGCUGCACUCACAAAAUAGCACGGUGGGGGGUUCUAAUGUCGUGGGAGCCGGGGGCAGAUCACAGAGCCCUUUUGCUAUGGUUGAUGUACUAUAGUGGUGCUACUUUUGGGUCUAUCUGUAUUUUACACUAUAACAGCUAAAAUGGCAAAGGCACAGUAGAGAGUAAUAGGGGGUGUUGCUAAACCCACUUGUGCUUUGUGGUUUGUUCCUUUUUCCUCUGUUCUGCACUGAACAUACAGGGGGCUAAGAGACUAUAAAUGUGGGGGUGGAAAGAAAAAUAAUACACUUCAAAGGAAUGUAUUGCACAUAAGACUGAGAAAUGUAUGUGUUUGCACAGAUUUAUCACAUAAAGGGCAAUGUCGGCAUACACAAUUCUGAUACUCGCAGAAUAAUAGGCUACAUGUUCCAACCCCCCCCCCCCCCCCAUCAUUACUGGACUUUGCCACUGACAGAGGCACCCGUGUUCACUGAAUUCUUUUUUUAGGACUUUGUGUUACCAAUUCUUGUAAUAUAGGUUUUGUUCACAUAAUUUAUGGAUCAAUAAUUGAUAAUAAUUUAGAAAUUAUUUAAUAUUUUAGAUUUCUGUAAAUAGGUACUGAAUUGGAGAAAAAAGGGAUGCGCUGAGACAUUUCUAUAUAUAUAUAUUGAUAUUGCACAAUGCUGAUUGGAAAUUAUGUUGGUUUGGGGAUCUUUUAAUUGAUGUUGAGUGCUUUAGAGUAACUAGUAAUGGCAUAUCAAUAUAGAAUCCUAUCUGGCCACCAGUAAGCAGGCAUGCUGGGAAUUGUAGUUCACAGAGCAAAGCCUUAUAUAGAGAAUUUGAGAAAGGCAGUCAGCCAUUGAGCCUCUGUUCACUGUUUAUACAAUUUCUCUUGUGGCUUGGGGGUUGCAAGCUUCUAGGACUAGCCCCUUGUAUUGUAUAGUGUACAAAUAAACACUAUAAGAAUGCACUCUUUAAAGGCUAAAAUGCCAGUAGUCACGUCAGUAGCCACAAUGUUUCUGGCUGCACUUUUUAGAGAAAUUCAGUGAAAUGCGCUGUUUCUUCUUUAUGGAACCACUUUUUUCACAUUGGCACAAAAAUAGCAUAUUUGUAUUAAAAGAACACUGACCAACAUGAUGGUAGGGUCACAGCCAAUCAAUGGCAGCCAUUUUGUAUUGGAGGUUAAGUACAAAUAUCUCAGGAACAGGGGUCAUUUAUAGAAACAUGUUCAUUCAAAGAGAAUUUGCGUCCAGGUUCUGCAGUUCGCGCAAGCUAAAAUAUCUGAUGGGCCAUAUGGUUCUGGUGCAACCUAACUUAUGCAUCUUGCCCUGCCCACCCCUCAUGAAUACAGAGCUGGGAGUGAAGGCAUUGUUGUAUUCAUGGGGGAAACAAAUGCUCCAUUCGGGAGUGCAGAGACCUGCAGCAGUUUUAUAAAGUACACAGUAGAGUCCAAAGUGCAUAAAACAUGGUGGAAUUUGUCUGGUUGACUUGAUAAAUGACCCUUCCCUUGAUUCAGCGGAUUAUUUCUCUUUGGAGUUGUAAUAAAGAGAAUUCUAUAAAUAUAUACAAACUAUUUUUGAAUGAAUAAGUAGGACUGCAAUGCAAUACGGCACUCAGCGCCUCGACAGGGGCCGACUUUGUGUCAGGACUGGUGAUAAAUAUAAAAAUAUGUCCAGAGAUUUACUCUGAAACUUUGUGUUUUUUUUUCUAUGUAAGAAAAAGUUAUUUAAACUCCGUUGUGAAGGACUGCUGAAAAUAAAGUACGGCUGAUACCAAGAAGGGGAAAUAAAGUGUAAAAAGUAUUUGUUCCAUUCUAGUUGUGAGAAACAGACUAGAACCAAUUUGUUUUGAUAACUGUAAUAGAAUGUAAAGUAACAUGGAAAAUAAUGUCCAAAGUUAUUAUCUUAAAUGUGUGAUUCUACGUGUUCUCUUUUUUUUCUUGAAAAGUCUCUAUUUAGAAAUAUAUACAUUUAUACAUAUGCAGUGUAUGUAAAUAGUGCAAUAAAUUUUAGAGAGACCUAUUUCAUCCCUUCAAAA